AAUAUGAAAAGUGUAAAAAGAUGGCAAGAAUUGCAAAACAUAUAUUUACAUCAAUUGAGAAAUGUACAUACAUACAUUUCUAAACGUGUAUUUUUAUACCUAAAAAAUAUAUUCCAAUCGACCACUAGAUGUCAGUCUUCUUUUUUACUUGGAUACAAGGAACGCGCCUUCAUAGCAUUUUAAUGGAUGAUAAUAAAUAAAAUAACACUCGAAAAAGUAUGUUAUAUGCAGUAAAAUCAUUGUCGACAGUACAGGGAACUACUUUUUUUCUUUCACUCUCUCUGUGCGUGGGUUUUUUACUGGGAGAGAGAGAGCGAGAGAGAGAGAGAGAGAGAGAGAGAAAGAGACCAGAAAACAUGGCAGAGCAUGCUCGCAAGAGAUGAAUUGGAGGUUUGUGCGUUGUUUACGUUGUUUUUACAUUGUAACUUUCCCCCAAUUCCUUGAGAUAUACAUUUUUACCACCAGAUAAAAGAGCUCAACCCUGGUUCGCAAUGAGCGCGUCGGCAGGGACGGGAGUGUUUGUGCUCUCCUUGAUGUCCAUUCCCUUCUGCUAUUUAUUUAAUUCCCUUAUUUACAACAACAGUGCUGAAGCUUUCUUCUUCGCUGGAUGUUCAGCAGUCCUCAUCAUCUCCAUUUCAGCUCGUUUUAUGCUCAAAAAGAAGGCUCCAGUAGAUCCCCUUUUCUAUGUAUUUGCAAUGUAUGCGUUCCUCAGUGUGGUGAAUCUGAUCAUCGGGCUGGAGCAGGACAACAUCAUUGAUGGAUUUGUGACGUUUUACCUCAGAGAGGCAGAUCCCCAUAUUAAUACAGCACAUGGUCACAUGAUCUCCUACUGGGACGGCUGUGUGCACUAUCUCAUGUAUCUGGUCAUGAUAGCUGCGAUUACUUGGGGGGACAGCUACCGAGCCAUAGGACUCUACUGGAUGGGAUCUUUUCUCACACGUGCCAUAGUCUACAUUCUUGGCAAUGCUGUGGGUAAAUAUGGGACCCAAGUUUGCCCUCUCUUCCUUCUCCACAUAUUGUAUGUCUCUGUGUCGGUCUGGGUCUGCUUCCGCAUCUUCAGCAAGCGCCCCACACCGGACCUUCAGUUGUCAAGCGUCCAAGAGGCUGAAAGAAAGAGUUUACUCCACAGACCUCUGGACCUUCUGUUCAUCAUCUACCUCAUUCCUGCUUUUGCUUUCUGCAUCUUCAGAGGCCUGAUUGUUCUGGACUUUUCCAGCGAAUGGUGUCUAGCAUACACACGACAGUAUGAGCCUUACCUCAAAGACCCUUCAGCCUAUGCUAAAAUACAGAUGCUGGUGAGCAUGCUGUACUCUGGACCAUACUACAUCAUUACUCUGUAUGGGCUGAUGGUGCCAGGGUGCGAGUGGAUGACGGAUCUAACCUUAGUGCACUCCGGGGCACUGGCACAGGCCCAGUUCGCUCAUAUUGGUGCGUCACUUCACACGCGGACGCCGUUCUCCUACAGAGUGCCUGCUGGAGGCCAGCCUGUCUUCUUACUGGUCAAUAUCCUGUACGCUGUGGUGCCUCAGGCUCUGUGUUACCGCUGCCGCAGCAGGCCGGCCUUCUUCCUGACGCCGAGGCCAGUUAAGAAGACUGAAUGAGAGAGAGAGAGAGAGAGAGAGAGGGGCUGUCAUGGGGAUGCCUAAAUAAAAGGCUCGAGUUGUAAAGGAACACUUUGUGUUUGAGAUUAUUAGAAUUUUCUAUUUUUGAAGGAGGGGCAUCCACCUUUAAUAAAAGGUUGUGCAAUCAAAAAUUUGUGUUUAUAUUUUGAAAAGGUGAACAUACUGUAUAUUUUCACUAUGUGUGUUUAUAUACACAGUCUCACACUAAAGAUCAUAGGGAUGUUAUAUUCGUGUUUGGGAUACGAACUGCUUGUAAAUAAUUGAUGUUUUUCCCAUUUGUGUUUUCUGGGUAACAAAAAAGGCCCUUUGGUUGACACUGAGGUUUUCUGUGCAGUGCCUGUUUGCUAAUGUGUUGGCAAAUAAAUAAAUCAUUCACAUAUG